AGUGCCCUGAGGAUCUGCCCAGUAGUGCCACCCACCUGUGCCCAGCAGUGCCCACCAGUGCCACCCACCAGUACCCAUCAGUGCAGCCCAGCAGUGUCAUCCAACAGUGCUGCCCAGCAAUGCCAGCCAUCAGUGCCCAGCAUCAGUGACAUCAUUCAGUGCCCAUCGGUGCCGCCUAUCAAUGCCAGCUCAUCAGUGCCGACUAUCAGUGCCACCUAUCAGUGCCAAUCAGUACUGCCUAUCAGUGCCCAUCAGUGCUGUCUGUCAGUGCAGCCUCAUCAAUGUACAUCAGUGAAGGAAAAAAAUUACCUGUUUGCAAAAUUUUAUAAUAGAAACAAAGAAAAACUUUUUUGCUCUUUUUUU